AAUUUAAGCAGUUAUUGUUUGCCACUUAGCAAGAGGACACAACACAAAUUAGCUAGGCUACUUCCCGUGUUAGCUUAGCUAGCUACCCCUCUCUGCUAUCCAGAGGUAUGGAAUCACAUUUUAAAUGUACUUGAACUUUUGAAAUUCAAACACCUUCUCUUCACAAAAACUGUUCUUGAAACAAGAUGGCAUCUAUAACGCCGGGUGAGUCUCUCCUGAAAUAUGGCACGGCCAUGUUGGUCACCAAGACCACAGAUUUGAAGAGCCCAAAGGACUCUCGACGUCCUUCGAAAAUGAAGCCCGACCCACCUUCUUCCACCCUCUCUCCCGUACCUCCGCCACCCAAACCCAAAACUGCCUCUGAAGGAGCCUUCAAGGAGAACGAGGAGAUUCUCAAUUACAUCUUCCCGCCCAAGGAAUGGAAGGAAGGGAAUCAGCUGUGGCUGCUCAAGGUUUCCACCACACCCUGCACCAGGCCAGACGUCAUGAGUCUGGAGGAGCAGCUGAACGCUAAGCUGCAGCUGAGACAGGCGAAAGAGACGGGCUUGUGUCCGGCACGGAGGGAUCUCUACACGCAGUGUUUUGAUGAGCUGAUCAGGCAGGUGACCAUCAACUGUGCUGAGAGAGGGCUGCUCCUGUUGAGGGUCAGGAAUGAGAUCCAACUCACCAUGGCUGCCUAUCACACUCUCUACGAGAGCAGUGUUGCUUUUGCCGUCCGGAAAGCGCUGAAGGCCAAGAGGGACAAGACGGACGUCGAGCAAAGAAUCCUGGACUUGGAGAACGAGGUGAAGGAGCUGAAACAGAAGGUGAAGGAGCAAAAAUUCAAAUGUGAGGAAACGGAGAGGAAAGGGAAAGAGAGACGAUACUUGAGGGAAAAUAACCACAGAGAUGAGAUCCAGUUCUUGAAAACGGCCAAGGACGAUCUCACGACUCAGCUGGAAAUGAUCGUCACACCAAAGACCUAAUGGAAACACGGUUGCAUUCUUUCUUGAGCAUCAUCACUGUGACGCUGUAAUAUUUUAUUUCUCUUAAUGGCCAGACAAAUCCUCUCUUGAACAUCAAGAGUCCAGAUGAAUGAAUGCAAGCAGUUGGAGGUGGAGGCAGAUAUGGAUGUGAUUUCAUUGCAACAACCUCCCGCUCUCCUGUGCUGUACUUUGAGUGUUAUAUUAAACAGUUUAGCCAUGAUGCUUGUCAGUGCUUC